UCCGGAUUGGCUGCGGCAGGACGGAAGCGGCGGAGCGGGUCCGGAGUGUGAAAUGAUCGGAGACAAGAAAAGAGACGGACGGUAAAAAGACACGAACAGAGUCCAGGUGAGACGGACAGGUGCACGAGCUCCACACCAACAGUCUGUCAGGAUGAUCCGUCCGUUGCUGAUGUGUUUCGUCCUCUGCGUCGUCUCCGGCAGCAGUAAACCAACAGAGAAGAAGAGUCGUGUUCAUGAGGAAGAACCCCUCAGCCACCUCGAACAUGACGACCACAAAAACUAUGACUACGACCAUGAAGCCUUUCUGGGUCAGGACGAGGCCAAAACCUUCGACCAACUCCCACCAGAGGAGAGCAAACGCAGGCUCGGCAUCAUCGUGGACAAAAUCGACACCAACAAAGACGGAUUCAUUUCUGAGGACGAGCUGAAGAACUGGAUCAAACUGGCUCAGAAGAGACACGUGUUGGACAGCAUGGAGCAUCAGUGGAAAGACUUCGACAUGAACGACGACGGUCUGAUCAGCUGGGACGAGUACAAGAACGUCACAUACGGCAGUUACCUGGAGGACCCUAAGACGGACACAGAGUACAACUACACUCACAUGAUGGCGAGGGACGAGAGACGUUUCAAAGUGGCAGACAGAAAUGGAGACAUGAUCGCAGACAAGCAGGAGUUCACAGCUUUUCUUCAUCCUGAGGAUCACGAUCACAUGAAGGACAUCGUGGUGCAGGAAACGAUGGAAGACAUCGACAAGAACGGCGACGGUUUCAUCGACCUGAAGGAGUACAUCGGAGACAUGUACGCUGCUGUGAAAGAGGACGAUGAAGAUCCAGAGUGGGUGGCGACCGAACGUCAGCAGUUCUCCGAGUUCAGAGACAAAAACAAAGACGGAAAAAUGGACAAAGAAGAAACUCUGGACUGGAUCUUCCCAUCGGACUACGACCAUACCGAGGCCGAGGCCAAACACCUGCUGCACGAGUCGGACGCCAACCAGGAUGGAAAACUCACCAAAGAUGAAAUCCUCAACAACUACGACAUAUUUGUUGGGAGUCAGGUGACGGACUUCGGGGAGGCGUUACUACGACACGACGAGUUUUAGAGACGUAGCAGAUUUUUAAAUAUUUACUCCUGUUUUUGAAGAAUAAUUUAUUUUAUACAGAAGCUUUUCACAACUGUGUGUGUUCACGUUUGGACUUUAAAAACUGCUUUGACAGGUCACUUUGAUCUUUUUUAAGUAUUUUACACAUUUUAUUUACAUUUCUUCGGACCAUAUAUUUUGUCCUUGUCGGGUUGUUUCUGCUCUUCACUGUGGUUGAUGUUAGAGUUUUCACUUUUCUGCUGCUGUGAUCAGUUUCCAGUUUUUGUAAAUCUUCUGUUUGUGUUCAUCGCUGACUGAUUUCUGAUCAGCACUCUCAGUCCAGUACCAACAGUUAAAGAUAGUCCAGAUCUUUAAUGAAACUCUUCUCCACCAACAUGGAUCAGGUUCUGUUCUGGUUCCUUCACCUCACAUUAAACUGUUUGAUCAAACGUUAAUUUGAUCAGAACCUAAAGUUGGUUUCUACCUGUAAAAUCACCAUUUUUUUCUUGACCUGAAGUGAAAAGUGUGACAUCAUCAGUGGGUGUGUCCUGUUCUACAUGUUAGAAAGAGAGGGCAGAGUCUUGGAGUUUUUUAAUCGUUGAUUCCUGCUGGUUUUGGGGUUUUUGGGGAUAAAAACAAACAUCGUUAGUGACAGAACAAAAGUUAGAGGGUGUGAUUGGUGGUUUUACUUCGACUGUCGACUCGUGUUGUUUGUUCAACGCCUCGGUCGAUGACACGUCUUUGAUUUUAUGGUUCUGCUCCAAACUGGUGGAAACGUGGGCUGGUUCACCUCAUAGCACCAAGGGUCCAAAGAAUCCUGAACUGAACCAGAACCAGUUUAAGAACCAGAAGUAUAUCAGAUCAGAUCAGGUGGUAAAGUGUGAGAAUAAAGUCAAAGGAUGUGUAAAUGUCUUCAGAAUAUUCGCCAUCAUCAGUUUUUGUUCUCUCAAACUUUUACAGCCUGUUUGUCAAUAAACAUCCAAAGUGUGAA